CUUAAUGCAUAUUGGAUUGAUGAGGAACAAGAUAGUAUCCAUUUGCAAUAUCGAAACAUUCAAAUUAGUCAAUGGUACAAUUCAAAGAUUCCCGAGGUAGUUCAUUUCUUUUUUAUAAAAAGUACUGAAGAAAUUUGUUUUGUGGAAAAAAACGGACAAGCUCGAAUAUAUAGUUUUAUAAAUGGUAAUUUUCGAGCAGGAGCAGCUCAACUUCCAGAAAACU